AUGCAGACUGCUUCUACAAACAUAUGUAAAAUAAUGGGUCGCUCUCAGGAGCUCAGUGAAAUCAAGCCUUGUACUGUGAUAGGUUGCCACCUGUGCAAUAAGUCCAUCCGUAAAAUUUCCUUGCUACUAAAUAUUCCACGGUCAACUCUUAUUGGUAUUAUAACAAAAUGGAAACAACUUGGAACAGAAACUCAGCCACAAGUGAGAGGAGUCAGUGCAUGCUGAAGGGCACAGUGAGCAGAAGUCACCAACUGUCUGCAGAGUCAAUAGCUAAAGACCUCCAAACUUCAUGUGGCCUUCAGAUUAGCACAACAGUGCGUAGAGAGCUUUAUGGAAUGGGUUUCCAUGGCCAA